GCGAAUCCUAGUCAUUUUUCAUCAUGGCGACUUCCGUGUUCGCGGAAGAACCAUCAGUUCACCUCUUUUGCCCCUCGUGUAAACAUCUUCUGCAGGACCCAGUGAUCAGCGUGGCAUGCGGGCACACAUUCUGUAGGCUGUGUCUAACGGACGGCAAAGAUUCGGUGAUUUUGGAGGCUUGUCCUGUCGACGAGAAGCCGUUGAAAAAUACGUCAGUUGUUGCGAACAGGGCCAUCACCUCUCAGCUAGACGACAUACUGGUGUACUGUAAAAACGGCAUCAAGCGGUUCAGCUCCAGGAAUGACGAGCUAGUCACAGACACCUGCGGCUGUCCCGAGCUGGUCCACCUAUCCCAGAAGGCCGAGCAUGAAUCCAGCUGUCCGUACAGCUCCCUGGCGUGCCCAAACAGCCCCGAGUGUGGGGUCAUACAGCGACUGCAUCUAGAGGAUCACUUCUUGAGCGUCUGUCCUUACGUGAAGUGUCGUUAUCAUGAGCAAGGUUGCACAUUCAGCAAUAAAUCGCAAGCUGUGGAGGACCACUGCCAAUCAUGUAAAUACAAAGAGCAUCCAGGCUAUGCUGCAGAUAGCAUUUCAAAGCAAUCUUUCGAAGAGCAAAUUCUCCUACAGAAACAGGUGCAGAUGCUGAUUGAGAAGGUCUUAUUUCUGGAAAAUGGCAGAGACGAGAUGAAAGCACAGCUAGAUGCUUGCACAAGGGCUCUGGCCGACAUGGAGACCAAGUGUAAUGACUUGAAGUCAACCAUCACUAAGCACGACGCUAAGCUCAGCAGCUCCUCCUUCAACCGAUCUCAAAGACCUAGCAUCAGACCGAGGACUGCCUCAGAUCGUCGCGAUUCAUCCAGCCCUGAAAACACCAUCACAAGCCAUGACCACUGGCAAGUGCCAUUUGAGUUCAAAUGCAUAGGAACCUUAAGAGGACAUGAUGCUGCCAUCCAUUGCCUAGCAACAAGAGGUCAUAAGUUAUACUCCAGUGGAGCAGACAAAGUCAUCAAAGUGUGGGACGUGGACGCCCUGAGUAAAGGAUGCGUGCAGAACAUCAAAGGACACACGGAUACGGUUAAUGCCCUGCUAGCCGGCAGUGACUUCCUGUACAGUGCUGGCGAAGACCAGACCCUCCGUAUGUGGAAAUAUGACACGAUGAAGGAACACAAGUGCAUCAAGAAAGCCCAUGACAGUGCCAUAUGUGCUUUGGUCAAGAACGGAAAAUAUCUCUUCUCAUCGGGAUAUUCCACAAUCAAGGUUUGGCAUGUGAACACCCUGGAGUCCGUCACAACCAUUUCAGGUCAACAUCAUUGGGUCAGAGCCCUGACUUUAGAACCUUCAAAGGAGGUGCUUUACAGCGGUUCACACAACACAGUCUGCCUGUGGGAUGCCACAGGCCAGUUCAACCUGAAGAGGAAGUUGGAGCAUGAGUACGGUUCCGUCUACGCCCUGGCGAUCACCUCCAAAUACAUCAUCAUGGGAACACGGGGAGAGAGUGGAAAAGAAGAGGGGUCAAAGAACUCUUUGGAAGGGCAUUCAGGUUCGUACAACAGAAAUAUGCAGCUGUUUGACGUCAUCACCCACCAGCACGUCAAAUGUCUGGGCGGCCAUAUUGGAAUCGUCACCGGCUUAGCCACGAGCCCUGCCGGCCAGUUUGUCAUAUCCAGCUCCUACGAUAACACAAUACAGAUAUGGGAUCUGCAGAAUUUCCUUUCCCUCCAAGUUCUCUCCCGUCACCAGGGCAGCGUCAACGCCAUCGUGCUGUGCCAUAGCUUACUCUUCACUGCAUCCGAAGAUAAAGAAAUCAAGAUCUUCAAAUACUUCCGUCUGAUCACCUACAGCAGCUUUGGUAACCACAUCUUGCCGGGAAAGGACAUGUAAACAAUUCUUCUGGAACAACUCGUCAGCAGUAAUAAAUUUGGUGAAAGUGGAGUGCCGUGGCCUAAGUGGAGUGCUGUGGCCUCGUGGUCUGGAGCAUUGAAUUCGCAGUCUGCGGGUAAUGCUGCAGGUUGUGGGUUCGAGGCCAGCCUGGGGUUGUGGUGCGUGUGCCCUUGGGCUAGGCACUUUGUCACUCAUUGUUUCUCCCCACCCAGGAGUAAAUGGGUACCUGUGUGGGCAGAGAUGGUAUAUUGUGGUUGAUUUUAGCUGCCUUUGCGCCGUAAUGGCAGCAACGAGCUUUACACCCUCAGGGAGCUGAGAUGGUAUUUUGAAAGUUUCAUUGGCCCAACGAGCAGGGUAAUAAUGGCGCCGCGCCUUGAGCACCAAUACUGGUGGAUACAUGCGCUUUAUAAAUGCACACAUAACAUUA